CCGGGCUGCCGACGCGACUAGUGCCCCGGGGGGUUUCUUCGGGCGCUAGGCCUGUGCGCGCGCCCAGCAGAUGUGUGUGGUGUCUUGCCACGUGGAUGGAGGGAGGCACGGCGACGGAGGAAGUGUUUGCGUGGUCCAUUGCAAUAACUUACAAGCUACAGCUGGAGGAGAUGCAUGCCACGCUGUGCCAGGCGAGAGUGGAUCUGCUGUACGAGGUCCUGCUGGAGGGAGAGGACAUCUACGAUGGGUUGGAUGAUGAGCUCUAUGAGCUGAUUUCUUCUCGACAGCAGGACGCGGGCGAUAAAGAGCCAGCGAUUGCGGUUUUUUAUGAUUGCGUUGAGAUGGUGCAGCGAAUUAAAAACAAGUUCUCUGACCUGUUGGCGAGAAGACACACACGUGACUUGUCAAGCACCGCGAUACAGAUAGCAACGAUACCUCCAGCAUCAUUUACAACAUCACCAACAACAUUGACGUCACCGAUUGUGGCAUUCACGACGACGACAUCAUCAUCUGCAGCAGCGACGUCAUUGAUCACUGCGAGUUCUGUUCAGCAAGGGGGGCUGCUUGAGCAAGCUGGCGAGGUGAGGGGGCAGGAGCCGCAGGACGAGGGGCUGCCCUCCUGUGCCGAAUGUGCGGAUCAGAUAUGUUUCGACGUCAACGCGCUUACAAAUUGUGGGGGCAGGGGCCUUGAGGGGGGGCGGGGCCUGUGCGCCGGGAUUGACGAGUGUGUAUAUAAGGAUGACGCUCAAAACGCUGUGGUCGGCCUUAGUGAUUGUGUCCUCGCUGCUGACGAUAUGGGUGACGGGCGCUGUGGUGAAAACAACAACAACAAUAAGGCUGAUUACAUAGCAUGCAAUGGUCGCGGUGGUGAAAAUAACAACAGCAAUAAGGCUGAUUACAUAGCAUGCAGCAAUAAAAUCUGCGAUAACACCGAUCAGGGGGAAGAUACUGAUAGGGAGGUAAGUGCGAUUAGGUUGCUUCUUUCUUCUCAGUUCUCCUCUCCUGUUCUGCUUUCGUUUCUAUGUGCUGUGCGGCACGACUGGGGUCAGGGGUGAGACGGCUGGGCGAGUGGGAGGUGUGUGGGACUGGGAGAGGGCGUGGGAUUGUGGGGGGAGGGUUGGUGGCGGGAAGGGGUAGGAUAGGUGCUGCUUUCACCUCCCCGGUCAAAACGCGAUUUCGAAUAAUGAGAAUCGGGGGGGAGGUGGUUGAGGGAAGUUGACGGGUUUUCGUUUUUGGUGAUGAUCGAUGCGGAAAUGGCGUUCCCCUCCCACUUAAUAGUAGAUGAUAAGGGUUUGGCGAGGGUGUUUCGAUAGGGAUGAGCAACUGACUGCCUCGUUAAGGGGGUAACUCCGGUUGCUUAUCGGGAUAUUUUGCGCCAUGUGUAGGUGUGAAUUGUUAUGCCUGGCUUUAGACCUCACACGUGGCGCGCUGACAUGAUGGGUGUUAUAUUUGCCCACGUGGAUUGGCAGAGUGUUGGCCACGUGGUGUGCUGAUGACUUGGUAGACGAUAUAAACCUCUAUAAUCUCUCGCUCCGGCUGCCCCUCCCUGUUAUUGGUAGAUCGUAAGGAUGUCGGAGGUUGCGGAGUGUUGGCCACGUGGUGUGCUGAUGACCUGGUAGACGAUAUAAACCUCUAUAAUCUCGCGGAGUGUUGGCCACGUGGUGUGCUGAUGACCUGGCAGACGAUAUAAUCCUCUAUAAUCUCGCGCUCCGACUGCCCCUCCCUGUUAUUGGUAGAUCGCAAGGGUGUCGGAGGGGGAAUCUUGUUCUCAUAAUGAUGAGCAGCAAACCCUCAGCAGCAACGGUAAUCAAUGCUGCUCAUCAACUUAUGUAGCGCUGUGUGUUGGCUGGCCUGUACUGGUUGUGCAUGAUUGCUGUCCGGUCGACACGUGGCUCGCUGAUAUGAUUCCAUAAUUGUCAAGGGACGCUGGACCCGAUUUCCAGCAGGUGUUGCUCCCCACCAAUAGAUGGAGCCUCCCCGGGCAUGCUAGUGGUGUUUUCUCUUAUCAGCAUCACUAGCAUCCAACAGGGCUGCUUUCAAAAAAAAAAAAAAAAAAAAAAAAAAAAAAAAAAAAAAAAAAAAAAAAAAAAAAAAAGAAAAGAAAAGAAAAGGCACGCUGCGACGGACAAUGGGUUUGUUCAGCUGGGGGCUGUGCUCUACUCAGUUGGGCAGGAGGUACAGCUGACGGAAUUUUACUAGAUCGAGUCCUUGCAGCAAUUGCUAACAAGGCGAGAAGUUGGAGUAAUUGAGGGAGUCCUCACCGACUCCUCAGCUGCAAUGUCCAAUGUAUAUAUCGACAUGUUUCAGCAUAGAAUCUAGGGAGUCCUUAUGGAAUUCUAGUGCAUUUGUAAUUUGGUACCAACCAGACUCCAGAUUCAUGAAACUCACAACCUCGGUCACACCUCGGGUGAGGUCUAUCUGAGAGUGCAGGCACCUUCCCAGCGCUCACCAGCCGGGGCGCGGUCUGAAUGUAAACGGCGAGUUGGUGCGUUUUUUUGGUCACGCAUCUCGGGAGAGUCCCUUUUUUUUUGAGAAAACUACGGCGCAGUCAGGGUUUGAGUUUGUAAUUGCACUUGUCAAUGAGGCAAAAGGGCUGGUAAUGCUGAAUGUAUAUGACCUACGUUUUGGGUCCGGUGGGGUCGCGUGUGGGUGUGUUGUAUUCGUGGGAUUGCCUGAAGUGCAAUUACAAACGGUUUUUGUGACUGCGCCGAAGUUACCCCUCUUUUUUAUACUAUGAGAACAACCCGAGGCGGUGCUAGGUGUGC